AUGGCUCCUUCAUGGGGUGGUUCAUAUUUUCUCCUUCUUUGUAUGUUGUUAGGGUUCAGCACAAUUGCAUACGGUGGGAAUUUCAACACUGAUUUUGACCUUCUAUUUGGAGAUGAUAGGGUUAAGAUUUCUGAUGGUGGACAAAGCAUGUCCCUUGCAAUGGAUAAAUAUUCUGGUUCUGGGGUUGCUACCAAGGAUCAAUUCUUGUUUGGAAGAUUUGACAUGAAGAUCAAGCUUGUUGGAGGAAACUCUGCAGGAACUGUUACUGCAUUUUAUCUAAGCUCCACAGGAGAUCACCAUGAUGAGGUUGAUCUUGAGUUCUUGGGGAACUUAACCGGAGAUCCAUAUAUGCUAUCAACAAAUGUGUUUGCAAACGGUGUUGGGGGUCGUGAGGUUCAAUACUAUCUUUGGUUUGAUCCAACAGCAGAUUAUCACACCUAUUCCAUUGAUUGGAGCCCUGCCCGCAUAAUACUCUGGGUGGACGACACUCCAAUCAGAGUGAUAAACAACAAAGAAAUAAUCGGUGUUCCAUUCCCAACAAAGCAACCAAUGAGGCUGUACACAACACUCUGGAAUGGGGAUGCAUGGGCAACAAGAUGGGGCCAAGUGAAGAUUGACUUGUCACAAGCACCAUUUAUAGCAAGGUUCAAGAACUACAAUGGCACUGCUUGUGUUCCAAAGAAAGGCAUAGCAGAUUGCAAGGGUUUUGGUGCUUCAAUGAAGAGAGGUCUUGACAAUGAAAACAAGAAAAAGUUGAAGCAAGUUAACUCAAAGUGGGUUGUUUAUCACUAUUGCCGUGAUUUGAGGCGUUAUGCUCAUGGAUUACCCUUUGAAUGCCGUAGGGACAACAUUGCACACAGUGAUAAUAAUCAAUAA